GGGUUCAUUUUCCUUCUUUCUUUUCUUUUUUUCUUUUUAUUGCACUUGCACUCUUUCUUGUCUCUUGAACUUGCAAGAGAAAAAAGAAAAAAAAAAUAAAGGCAAUACGAGUAGUGAAAUUAUUUAAAGAAAUAUAUAGGUCUUGGUCUUCUAGUUUUCUUUCUAUCUCCUUAUAUUUCAAUCAUGUAUUCACAACAGCAACAGCAACAACAGCAGCAACUCCAUCAUCAUCAGCAACAGCAACAACAUCAGCAACAUCAGCAACAACAACACUAUCAAUUAAUCGACUCUUCUAAUGUAAAUUAUCCAAAGACUACAACAAAUGCUUACUUCAAUACUCUAAAGUCAUCCAACAUCCACCCUUAUUCUCAGCCACAAAGACCUCCACCACCUCCACCUCAUCAACAGCCUUAUCGUCAUCAUCCUCACCCUAUACAGCAUGGCUAUGCGAUUGUACCACCUGAGCCAGUGCCUAGCGCCACGGAUGCACAACCCACACCCCCAUUAUCUAUAUCACAAUUGGCUGAAUUUGCUUCUAGUAUGGUCUAUUUGAUGUGGCAUGCGAGGAGACCCUCUGUCAUGCAACUUCAUGAGUCAAGCAAGAUCCUUCAGUCAACAGCAAUCACGGAUGAUCAACACUUGAUGCACUCUAAAGAAACAGCCAAUAUCGCCAAUCGUACCAGCAGUGCAUUCAGAAAGUUCUGUAAACAGAUAUUGACAGCAACACAAUUAUCAGAAUCCGUGAUAUUACUGUCUUUGAAAUAUAUUGCCAUGUUACUACAGAACAGUCCAGCCAUACAAGGUGCAGAUGGAUCUGAAUACAGAUUGUUUACUGUCGCAUUAAUGUUGGCCAACAAAUUCCUGGAUGAUAAUACGUUUACCAACAAAACUUGGUCUGAAGUAUCAGGCAUGAAAGUGACAGAUUUAAAUAUUAUGGAACUCGAGUUUUUAGAUGUGCUCAGGUUUAAAAUGUUUAUUCGAAACGAUGAAUAUGAACGAUGGAAGUCUGCAUUGUUCUUGUUUAGAAGCCAACUCUUGAAUGCGGAUGAGAUGCAGAAGCAAGAAAAUCAACAAAAGCUAUUAGAGGAAACAUUUAAGGGUAUUGUGUUACCUAACAAUCAUCUUCAACAACAACAGCAACAACAGCAACAACAGCAACAAGAACAAUAUCAAUUCUUAUUGAUGUUAUCUAAAGCACAAUUGCCUCAAUUUCCUACACAAUUACCUAAUCGUCCUUUGGCUCGAGUACCUCUUCGUAUACCUUUACAGCCUGUUUGGAGAAAUCAACAGUAUGAUUACGGACAAACAACAUCAGCAACACCAACAGGAGGAGCAACAGGAGGAGCGGGAGGAGCAGGAACAGGAGGAGCAGCGGUCACUAAUUCUACUACAGCAGCUUACACACAACCAAAGCCAAGCGAUAUGUAUUAUACGCCUACCAAUGCAACACCUAGUGUGUAUCUGCCACCUUCCCAGACACCUCAACAACAACAACAACAACAACAACAACAACAACAAUCUCAACCACCCUCUUCUGUCAUCUAUCAGACUCCUACUUCACAAUCCACUAGACUAAUGCAAGACUAUAGUAAUGCCAAUACACCAAAUACCACAGCGAUGUAUAACACAAAUAAUACUGACAAUAACAUACCAUACUAUAAGCUGACACCUACCACAGCAACAACAACAGCAACAACAACAACAGCAGCCACCACAACAACAUCUCAACCUAUGUAUAACAAUAACAAAAACCCAUAUAAUACACCCCAUCAGCCACCAUUAAGAGCUCGUACAUCGUUUUAUGGAGAACCAAACACUUCUUAUGAUAUGUCAGGGACACCCACCAAUGAUUAUUAUGCACGGGUACAGCCAGCUGGUUAUCAUUCUCAAUAUCAUCCACAGACACAACAGACGCCAUCUUAUAGACCUACCUCUGCUCCAUCUAAACCUUAUAAAUACAGUGGACCUGUACCAGAAGAUCCACUUACUGCUGCUGAAUCUUAUCGAAACCAUCUUAAAUAACU